ACGAUUUUCAGAUGAUUGAUGAUGAUGAUGAUGAUGAUGGUGAUGGUGAUGCUACUGAUUUUGAAGAUGAUGAUGAUGAUGAUGAUGAUGAUGAUGGUGAUGAUGAUGAUGAUGAUGAUGAUGAUGGUUAUGACGACGACGACGCCCAGCGCCCUGCGAUCACCAAAGGAUGAUGGUGAUGAUAACUCACCUCCUGUUGAUGACGUUGGUGCUGCUGCUGGUGAUGAUGAUGACGAGCAGCACCCUACAGAUGAUAAUCCCGACAACCCUUGAUGAUGAUGCGCCCAGCGCUCUGGUGAUGAUGAUGAUGACGAUGAUGAUGAUGGUGAUGAUACUGAUUUUGAUGAUGAUGAAGAUGAUGAUGAUGAUGAUGAUGAUGGUGGUGAUGAUGAUGAUGAUGAUGAUGAUGAUGAUGAUGAUGGUGAUGGUGAUGAUGACGACGACGCAAAGCGCCCUGCGAUCACGAAAGGAUGAUGGUGAUGAUAAUCCACCUCCUGUUGAUGACGUUGGUGCUGCUGCUGGUAAUGAUGAUGACGACUCAAUGACGAACAGCGCCCAGCGCUCUGAUGAUGAUGGCACCCAGCGCCCUGAUGAAGGUGAUGAUGAGCCGCACCCUGCUGAUGAUGCUGAUGACGAUGAUGAUGAUGAUGAUGAGGAUGAGGAUGAUACGGCGACGUAAUGAUCACGAAAAAAUGAUGAUGGCGAUAAACGAAGACACCGGUG